AAAACACAUAGCCCGCAUUAGGGUCAAUAUGGGCGGCUAACCUGCCUCUCUUCUUUCUUGUGGUUUCCAUUCUCUCUCUCUCUAUUUUCCUUCCCUCUUGUGGUCGCUCAGCUUCUCCGAUCCCCAAGAAUCCUAUGUUUCCUGUUUUGUUUUUGUCUAUAUGCAGAAGCUGCCUUUAAACGACAUUCCGACAUGUUCAACCUUCGCAUAUGCUGAAAUAUCCAUGAACUCUUGUCUCUGUUUUUUGUUUUGUGUUUUGUUUUCUGGGAAUCUAAUAGCCGAUCAUUCACUGUAAAUUUCACAAAUAAGAAGACGAAGAAAAGGAGGAGGAAGAAGAAGAAGGUUUACUAGAAAAAACAUGUCAGAUGAGGAAACUGAUUCAUGGUCUGCUGCGUUAAUCAUUUUCUUAAUCUUGAUCUCAGGUGUACUGCUUGUUUCUGGAGAUUCUCUGAGCACAGACAGAGAUGUUCUUCUCCAACUAAAAUCAUUUCUUGAAGACAACAAUAAGGUAAACCGAGGACGAUACUCGGAGUGGAACAUUGGGAGCUCAAAUACUUCAGCCUACCCAUGCAAUUGGGCGGGAAUAACAUGCAGUCAUACUAACGGCACAGAGGCAAGGGUAACGGGCAUCAAAAUCUCCGACAGCUACAUUGCCGGCGAGAUAUUCGGGAACUUUUCAUCUCUAACCGAGCUCACCCACCUCGACCUCUCCAGAAACACUCUUGGCGGAGUGAUCCACAGCGACUUGGGUCGGUGCCAGAACCUCGUUCAUCUCAAUUUGUCCCACAACAUCCUCAGCGGAGAGCUCAUGAACCUGACCGGAUUGAGCAACUUGGAGAAGCUUGAUUUGUCCGUCAACAGGUUUAGCGGGGAGGUACGGAUGAGCAUACCGGUAAGUUGCGACAACUUGAUUGUGAUGAAUAUAUCGGCGAAUAAUUUCACCGGCACAAUCAAUGGAAGCUUCUUCGAUGGAUGCUCGAAGUUGCAGUACUUGGAUUUGAACUUGAACAAGUUAACUGGGGAGUUAUGGAAUGGUUUUGCGAGGCUGCUAGACUUCUCUGUCUCAGAAAACCAACUCAGCGGGCAUGUAUUGUCGUCCAUGUUCAUUGAUAACUGUAGCCUGCACUUUUUAGACCUGUCGGAAAAUGGUUUUGUCGGGGAGUUUCCAAGGGAAAUAUCAAAGUGUCGAAAUUUGGUUAUCUUGAAUCUGUCAGACAACAAUUUCACAGGGCAGAUACCGGCUGAGCUGGGAUCCAUUUUGAGUCUUGAAGCAUUGUACUUGGGAUCCAACAAAUUUUCCCGUAAGAUCCCUGAUUCGCUUCUGAAUUUGACUAAAUUGACCUUCUUGGAUUUGAGCAAGAACAAUUUCCAGGGUAAUAUACAGGAAAAUUUGGGAAAAUUUAUACAGGUUAAAUUUCUUCUGCUGCAUGGGAAUUCAUUCACCGGCGGGAUAAUUUCGUCUGGAAUUCUGAAGCUACCUAAUAUUUUAAGAUUAGACCUGAGCCAAAACUACUUUUCAAGUCCUCUUCCAGUUGAAAUUAGUCCUGUGUCAAGUUUGAAUUUCUUGAUCCUUGCUUACAACCAGUUUUCGGGUGCCAUUCCACCGGAAUUCGGAAACUUGUCAAGCCUACAAGCCCUUGACCUUUCUUUUAACAAUCUAACUGGAUCAAUUCCUCCCACUCUUGGAAAGCUGAGCUCACUCUUAUGGUUGAUGCUAGCUAACAAUUCACUAACAGGUGAAAUUCCGCCUGAGUUGGGAAAUUGCACAAGCUUGUUAUGGUUAAAUCUUGCCAACAACCAGCUUUCCGGGAAAAUACCGCUCGAAUUGACGAAAAUCGGUAGCAACCCCACGCCUACUUUCGAAUCGAAUAAACGGGAAAGUGAACGGAUUAUUGCAGGAUCAGGAGAGUGUUUGGCAAUGAAAAGGUGGAUUCCAGCAGACUUCACUCCUUUCAGUUUUGUGUAUGCCCUCCUCACAAGGAAGAGUUGCAGAAGCCUAUGGGAUAGGUUACUUCAAGGAAAUGGCCUUUUCCAGAUAUGUGCACCCGGUUCAUCAGUCCAGACCUUACAAAUCUCCGGUUAUGUUCAACUAAGUGGGAAUUGUCUUUCAGGUGAGAUCCCAGAGGAUAUAGGCAAGAUGCAGAAUUUCAGUAUGUUGCAUCUGGGCAUCAAUGAGCUCUAUGGAAAACUACCUCCUCAGAUUGGACAGAUGCCUCUUGUAGUCUUGAACGUCUCUAGGAACAAGCUUUCUGGUGAAAUCCCUACGAAAAUCGGUGACAUUACAUGCCUGCUAACAUUGGAUUUGUCUUUCAAUAAUUUCUCUGGCACUUUCCCGGCGAGCUUGGGCAAGUUAACUAACCUGAACAAGUUCAACAUCUCCUACAAUCCAUUUAUCUCUGGCACAAUUCCAUCAACUGGGCAAUUAGCAACUUUGGAGAAGGAGUCCUAUCUCGGUGACCCCUUCUUGCAACUUCCAGAUUUUAUGAACAAUCAUACAGCCAUGUCUCCUGAGAGAAAGGAUGGGAGGCCCAAGAGGCCUACAAAGUUGGCUGGAAUCUUGGUGUUCCUAGCUAUAAUAUUGGCUUUCUUAAUAUAUAUUUGGAUGAUUGGAUGCGGACAAACUGCAAGAUGGAAUUCUUCUGGAGGAGCUUGUCGUGGAGUGCUGCUGCGUAUCAGUGGCUGAGUCCUUUUUAGGUGGUGGCUGCACACUUUGUGUUGCUUGUCUUGCAUGCGAUGCGUAAGGAGUUUUGGACUGGUCUGCAUUGGGUGGAGGCCAUGCUUUGUGGUCUGCAUGGCGUGCAUGCAUUGCAUGUAUUGCGCUCAAUGCAUGAGUAAGUAAUGCUAGUCUUGAAUCCACAAUGUGUCUAUAUUUCAUCUCAAGGAUGCUGUUUUGAGUGUGCGUGUGUGGACAUGUGAUUCUAUGUAUUAUACUCGAGUUUGAGAGUAGUUUAGUGAAAGGCCUAAACUCCCCUA